AUGCCACCGCCACCGCCUCCGCCCCCACCUCCAAUGCCAGGAAUGUCAGGGGGACCACCACCACCCCCACCUCCUCCAGGCGGUUUGCCCAGUAGACCACCUGCUGCUGCUGCUGCUGCCAAGGGCAGAGUGCGAGACAUCACAAAAGGCGCCAAACUCAAGAAGGUCACCCAGGUCAACGAUCGUUCUGCCCCCAUAAUCGGAAAUGAGAAGAAGUCGUCAGGGCCCGCCGCUAUGGGUGCCCCUCCAGUACCGGGAAUGCUAAAAUCAGCAGGAGCUUCUGCUCCUCCGCCUCCUUCGGGCGGUAACAGAGACCGUGCCUCGAGCGACGUGGGAGCCGCACCACCUCAACUAGGAGGCCUUUUCGCGGGCGGUAUGCCCAAGCUGCGCAAGUCUGGCGGAGUCAAGACGGGUGCGGAUGAGGAUUCGUCAUAUUUGGGAGCCUCAGGUGCUCCGUCUCGUCCUGUGUCGUCUGCUCCCAAACCCCCAGGCGCACCUCCUCGUCCCAUGAGUUCUGCUCCGCCGGUCCCACCACCCGCUCCUCCCAUGGCACCACCUCCCAACCCUGCCGUAUCCGCCCUCAGAAACAGCGUGCGACCCACACCACACACCNAGCAGCUCCUCGCCUGCUGCUCCUUCCAAGCCCAAGCCUCCUCCGAUUGGCAAGAAGCCUCCAAUGCCACCUCCGUCUUCGCGCAAACCUUCGGGCAAUAUUCCACCCCUCCGCCCUCUGCUUCCCCAGCUCCUCCGGCCGCUCCUCCAUUGCCUCCUUCUUCUGCUCCCAGACCACCACCGCCUCCUCCUUCAAUCAGCGCGCCACCACCACCUAUGAGCAGUGCCCCAUCCUUGGCCGAGACAGCUGCGCGCAACGCCUUUGGUCGAGCCUCGCCUGCCGCCCCACCACCACCUCCACCUCCAGGCGGUUUCAAUGCUACUCCUCCCAGAUCUCCAGCACCCGCACCACCACCACCGCCGCCUGCAGUCGCGCCUUCACCACCACGACAGUCAUUUGCAGCACCCAGCCCUCCACUAGCAGCGCCAUCUCCACCCCCUUCAGCGGCUCCGACACGGCCUCACGCAGGGUCCAUCUCACGUUCGACUAUGGACGCGUCAUCUUACACAUUAAACGGAGGGUCUCUCAAGUCACCCAGUCUGUCACAAGGACCAAGUGGGGGCAGGAUGNGUGGUGGGCGCAUCACGAUCGAAGAUACGCGAUUCAAGUUUCAGUCGGAUGAUACGCUACCAAAACCACGGGAGUUUUCGGGAGCCACCAAGAUGUACCGAGCGGGUAGAGGCAGUACAGUGCCGCUAGAUCUUGCGGCUUUCGAAUAG